CAAUGCGCCCGCAACUGCGACCUAAUUUAUUAUAUACAUCUCUGUAUAGAGCGGGAGAGAUGAAGCUGAGCUUCACACUUUCAUCAUUUUCCUCCAUAUUUUCGCCCAUCUUCCUUCGCGCCAAACCGGGUCGACCCAUCUCCUCUUCAUCGAUUUCGUGUCCACCCACUUCGCUAAAACCUCAAACACCACUCUUUCUCAGACCACCCACCUCUUCAGCAACCCUAUCAGACCUCAGAAAAUGGCGAGACUGGGCCAAAACCCUAGCCUUCUCUGUCGGUUCCACAUGCUUGGAGUCAGACAACGGCCCAGAAACCGAGCUACUGUACAGAGAACUCAACUGGCUCAUACAAGAUGCAAUGGAAAAUCCCAAACCACUGUUGACCCAAUUGGGUUUUCUAGAUAACUACAAUGAUGGCAUGUUAUUGGCACUAAGAGCAGAUUUGGAAGAGCUUUAUGAUUUGUGGAAACAGAGGAUUGAAGAGAGGAGGCCAUUUCAAUACAUAGUUGGGUGUGAGCAUUGGAGGGACUUGGUGUUGAGUGUUCAAGAAGGGGUUUUGAUCCCAAGGCCUGAGACUGAAUUGGUUGUUGAUUUGGUGGAUAGUGUGAUUAAGAACAAUGGUGGGUUGAGAGAGGGGUUGUGGGCUGAUUUGGGGACUGGAACUGGGGCAAUUGCUAUUGGGAUUGGGAGGAUUUUGGGGACUUGUGGGAGGGUAAUUGCAACUGAUUUAAGCCCGGUUGCGAUCGCAGUGGCGUCUUAUAAUGUGCAGAGGUAUAAUUUGCAGAAUAAAGUUGAGAUAAAGCAAGGAUCUUGGUUUAAACCAUUGAAGGAUGUUCAAGGAGAGCUUGUAGGCCUUGUGAGCAAUCCACCAUAUAUACCUAGUGAACAUAUCAGCGGUCUACAAGCCGAAGUUGCUCAACAUGAACCAAGACUUGCAUUAGAUGGUGGUGCAAAUGGCAUGGAUGAUCUUCUUCAUCUUUGUAAUAGUGCCGCUUCAAUGUUGAAACCAGGCGGAUUUUUUGCUUUUGAGACAAAUGGUGAAAAGCAGGGCAAGUUUCUUGUGGAUUACAUGAAAAAUGGAACUGACGGCAGCUUCUGUGAUUUAAACAUUGUAUCAGAUUUUGCUGGUAUCCAGCGGUUUGUUACCGGAUUCAGAAAAUAGUACGAAAAUAGAAUAAAAUUUUAUUUUUACCUUGA